AUGCCUGCUGCAACGGCAGAGACUCCGGCCGUGGCCAUGUCCUUCGCCAACAACUUCUGGGGCAAGGACGAUGCUGGUGUCGGUCCAUUGUUGGAACGAAUGCAGGGCGCCAAACAGACAUGCGACGAACUCAAGGCUUUCUACAACGCCCGCGCAUCGAUCGAAGAUGAAUAUGCCAGGAAGCUCCUGAGCCUGACUCGUAAGGCGCUUGGGUCUCAAGAGUCAGGGUCACUCAAAGCAUCACUCGAUACCGUCCGAGGAGAGGUCGAACAGAUGGGGAAGCAGCAUCAGAACAUUGCGGCACAGAUGAAGAGCGAGCUGGAGGAGCCUCUGGCUGCGUUUUCUGGUGGUAUGAAGGAGAGACGGAAGAUUGUUCAGAACACGGUGGAGAAGCUGCUCAAGACCAAGAUUCAGCAGACCCAGCAUGUCAACAAGACGCGAGACAGGUUCGAGCAGGACUGCCUCAAGAUCAAGGGCUACCUCGCGCAGGGCCACAUGGUCAUGGGCCAAGAAGAGCGACGAAACAAGGCCAAGCUGGAAAAGACCCAGAUCAGUGUCGCAGCAUCUAACAGCGAGUAUGAAGCGGCCGUCAGGGUCCUCGAAGAGACGACCGGAAGGUGGAACAGGGAGUGGAAGGCGGCCGCCGACAAAUUCCAGGACCUCGAGGAGGAGCGCCUCGAUUUUACAAAGAGCAGCCUCUGGACUUUUGCCAACAUAUCUUCGACCGUGUGCGUCAGCGACGAUGCAUCGUGCGAGAAGGUCCGCCUGUCCCUGGAGAAGAUGGAUGUCGAGACGGACAUUAUGUCGUUCAUCAAGGAAAACGGCACAGGCCAGGAGAUCCCGGAUGCCCCCAAGUACAUCAACUUUUGCCGCGGUGACGUCGCUGACAACCAGUCUGACAUCUCCGAGGAUGACAAAUUUUCCGUCGCCCAAUUCCCCAGAAGCAUCAAUCCGGCCUUUAGAUCGUCUUCUCCUCAGCCAUCCAUGUUGGACUCACACCAUGAUCCGAACUCGAAGCUAGCCAACAGCUUGGCGCACCGCGACACCAAGCUCAACGAACCGGAACUUCCCCUGACUUCUCAGCCGCCUGCCCCUCAGCCGCAGCAGCCUCUUCGGACACAGCAGGCUAUCCAACCUCACCAGCCUCCCCAACCUCGCCCGGCACAGUACCCUCAGGCUCAUGUUGCUCACGCGCCAUCCCCUCAGGCACCACCCCCCAAGGCACAAUAUCAGACGCAAGUUGCCCAUACACGGCAACAGUCCCUCUCACGGGAGCAGUUCUCUCAGACGCAGGUUGCCCAUACACGGCAACAGUCUCUCUCACGGGAGCAGUUCUCUCAGACGCAGGUUGCCCAUACACCUCCCCCAGGCGCAGACUGCCCACACACGGGAACAAUUCCCCCAGGCGCAUGCGACCCAUACUCGGGAACAGCUCCCCCAGGCGCAGGUUGCCCAUACAAGAGAACAGCUCCCUCAAGCGCAGGUUGCCCAUACACGGGAACAGCUUCCCCCGACGCGGGUUGCCCAUACACGGGAACAGCUUCCCCCGGCGCAGGUUGCCCACACACAGGAACAGUUCCCCCAGGCGCAGAUUGCUCGUACACAGGCCCUUCCUCCGGCACAGGUUACCCAGGCACAAUGUCUUACGACUCUUCUCACCGCUCUCCUGUUUCGGCGGUGCCUCACGACCCAUACCCUAAGGAUGGCAUGACAAUGCUCUGCCGCACUGGCCCGCCUUCGGACCUCAGUUCGCCGGUGGCUUCAAACAGGCCUUCUAGCCGAGAUGAGAACAGCGAAUACUCCAACCCGACAUCAUUCUCCAGCCAGGAACCCCCUAGUGGAAAGACGUCUCCGACUAAGCAGGACCAGCCACCCAUGCCCAGCCCAGAGAAGAGGGUGUUCAAGAAGAAGAGCGGUUUCUUCCAGAAUCACAGCCCAUUCCGGAGAAAGAGCGUCAAGGAGGCCCAGUCCCCCGAGCGUCGCGGCGGCGCCAAUACCUGGCAUGCCUCAAAUGCGUCGCAGAGUGGAAGCCCGGCUCGACGACAGCAGGUGUACGAACCAGAAGAUCAGGGCAACCGAUUUGCCCAGGCUCGCUCUCACAGCCCCGAGCCCAUCGAUGCCAACGCCAGCGUGGCCCUGGGCGUAGGACAGAAUGUGCUGCCGGUGCAGCCCCAACGCCAGCAGCCUGCCAAGGCAGCGGCAGAAGAUCCGGAUGACGGUGACCCAAUUGCGCAGGCCCUUGCCGAGCUCAAGGGUGUGACACUAAACAAGGAAUCAUCCGUUCGCAUGUCCGCGGACCACUACCACGGAAUCUCAACGCCCGCUCCCGGGUCCGAGGCAGCAGCCAACGCACGCUCCGUCCCGGCCCCUGGACGCCGCGGGUCUGCCACCGUCAGCCAAGGUACACCCCCUCCAUACUAUGGACAGUCGGGCCAGCAGCAGGCAGCCCAGCAGCAGCAGCAGACCCCGGUGUCGCGCCUGGGUGUCCCCCCCCCGGCAGUCACGUCAAAGGCGAUGAAGGAGGCCACCAAGAAGGCUACAGAGCAAGCCAGGGGGGUCUUUGGCGAAAGCGGACGUCGGGACUCGGUCGCGUACGGCGCCAGCUCGCCGGCUUCGCGCCCGGGAACCCGCGGUACGGACAUGCCCAGGACUGCCUCGCCCGCCCCUACGCGCGCCGCCUCACCCCAGCCGCCGCGCACUGCCACCGGACGACGUGCGGACUACGGAUCCGCGUCGCCCAACCCUUACCAGAGCCCGAGGCAGACGACCAACUCGCCGUACGGCAGGCAGUCGCAGCAGUCGAACCGCAACUCAAGCGAUUACUACCGCCAGGCAACGCCCAACGACACCAGCGGGGGGGGGGGCUCUCCCGCAGCCGCCAGGGGUGCAUCCCCGGCAGCUGCCAGGGGCGCGUCGCCCGCGUCCUUCAGAGAGUACCCGCAGCAGCGACCGCAGAGCAGCUACAGCAACGCAGGCGACAUGGCUGUGCAGCUGGCGCCCGCCGGUGACGAUCCUUACGGCUCGAUGAGGAGCCGCGGCUCGUCUGGACGUCCCGAAUCCCGGGCCAUGGGGCUGUACAAUGGAGACGGCCGACAGCGCAGCAAGAGUGUGGCCGAUCCGUCCAGGAUGUACACGCCCCGCGCCUUGUACAUGUACCAGGCGGCCAUCCCAGAGGAGCUGGGCUUCGCAAAGGGAGACUAUCUUGCCGUUCUGCGUCACCAAGACGACGGAUGGUGGGAGGCUGAAAUCCACAAUGGAAACGGCCGUAUCGGCCUCGUUCCAAGCAACUACCUACAGCCCUGCUAG